AUGGGGGUCGCAACAUCUUUUUACACCGGUCGUGGGCUUAUUCAAGCUACUCUGGCCGCUAUGCUUUUUUUAGAAACAGUGGGUUUAAAGAAUAACGUUCCUUUUAGUGCCCUUGAUGAAGAAAAAGUUUUUGCUCGAAUGAAAGAGCAUUGUAUCGCCAAUGGCUACUAUAAUCCUAAUUCUCCUCCGGACCUGGUGUUGUUGAAAGAGAGAAGAGAGAAAGUUAGAAAAAUUUUAUUGGAAGAUUCAAACCAACUUUAUCAAUUAUUGGCUUAUGCUGACCGAGAGAAUUACGAAACCAUAGUUAACACAAAG